CGGGGAACUGCCCGAGCUAGGCCGCCCAGUUCUAUAAUCCAUGACGGAGAGAGCCGUCGGGGAUAUAAGGCGGUAGAGCUCGCCCAUCCCCGGCCAACCCGUCUUGCUUCUCCUAACAAGUUCCCUUCAUUCAUUCACUCAUACCCGUAAUUAUAACAACACACAGACACACAUUCCACAGGGAGCAUCCCGUCGUCCACUAUGGGCUAUAUCUCUCCCUCUGCCCCGAACAAGCUUCAUCUGCACCAGCCAGCUACCCACACCCAGGCACAGCAUUCCUUCGGUCCAGCCGCUCCCACCACCAAGACUAACCUACCCACGCCGUACGGUUCAAGAUCAAUGGCUCCGUCUCACGAUGGUGACCCCCGCCCUCGCCCACCGUCACUUCACAACCCCGAACGUGACCACCUAAGGGAGGCCCUCAAUGAGCCCGACCCCUUCUCCCCCCCUUCGAUGCUUGACUCGUUGACACCAUCUCCAACGGAAGACACGUUCUUCACCGGUGCCAACGCCGAAGGUCCUCACCUUUCCGAGUCGACCAGAGGCGCCGUGUUCAGAGAGGAGCCACUAUUCGAGGCCUAUCCACGAAACCCUCCCGGAUUUCACCCAGUGCCUGGCCAACCUCGGCGUCCUUCCUACAGGGAGAGAUUCUUCUCUAGCUCGGCGCCGCCUGACGCCCCGUUACCCUCACCCUUCACGUCCACAGACCCUAGGAUUGCUCCUGCUUAUACUGCCCAGGGGAUCCUUAACAGAGCGCGGUACGCAGGUAGCGACGUGGACUACCACAUCCGGCCGCCUCCUGGCUUUGAGUCGGCGCCCGCCGUCAGGUAUUAUUACUCCAACGAGCCGCGGCUCUGUGAACGUUGCCACAGGGCCGAGGCUGUUUAUCCUGUCAAUCAUGCUUCCCAGCCCUCGUGGGCUUCGACUCCCCUCCCAGACGCCGGAAGGCCUGGCCCCUUGGACCCCCGAGCUAACGGCAACACCAACGCCCGCGCCCGCGCUUGCACCAGCACCGGCAUGAGCGCGGGCAUGAACAACGGUAACAUCAACUCGGGCAGGACCUCCCCUACCAACACCGACGUCAACACUGCCGGCAACACCAACACCACCGGCAUCAUCUCCCCCAUCCCCACCUACCCCAAUAAUACCAUCACGGCUCCGCCCCUUAACUAUCCCAACACUACCACGGAUGUCCCUCCCACGUACCCCACCGCCAACUCAGACCGUCCCCCGGCUUAUCCCCAGACUUACUACGGCGAUGAGGGCGACAUCGACGACGACGACGACGACGACGUCCGUGACAGGCUUAGCCGACUCCUCGUCCGGUCCGCAGCCGCGACCCUCGCUGCUUUGUACCCUAGCUUUCCGACCCCGAGCUUCGAGCCGGAGAACGAGGACGAGGUUGAGGAAGACGACGAGUACGACAACUUCCAACUCAUACCCAGCCUGGCAACCACCCCGCCCCUGCCACCGCACCACGCAGAGGAAGGCGAUAUACCCAUUAUGGCCACGAUUCCCCUGCAUUCACUGCCGCCUUCCUCCUCGCAACCGCCCCAGGGCACCACCACGGGCACCUCGGCCCAAUCGUCUCUCUUCGACGACACAGACGACGAGGACCACGGCGACGACGAGUGGCCCGCAUCCUUGGCCGCGGGCCAGCACGCCGCCGCCGGCUACUUCGCGUCGCAGCCGCCGUCGCUGGCUCCCAUGUCGGUGUUUGACUUCUCCGACUCAGACUCUGAUUCCUCUGAAUCCGACUCGGACUCAGACUCGGAUUCUGACUCUGACUCCGACCCUGACUCGGAGGACGAGCACCACCACUACUGCCACCACCACCAUCACCACAACAACAACAACCACAGCAACAACCACAACCACAACCACAACCACAACCACAACCCCAACGACGACCACGUGCACAACAACCACGAGGACUGCUACCCGGAGGCAGACCCGGACUCGGACCCGGACUCGGAGUCAAACUCAAACUUGGACUCGGUCUCGCACACAGACUGCGAGGCCGAGCAGCGCGACUUCGAGCUGGAGCUGACCAACUUCUUCCCCUCGGAGUGGGACUGGGAGAUGCUUCUCCAGGAGCUGGCUCAGUUUUAA